AUGUUCUUUGAAACUAAGUCCCACAAUUCUACACCGAUAUUUCAUCAUGUUGUGAUCGUUCCUCCCGAGCAGUCUAUUUAUUCAUCCCAGAACGCGGCCUUUAAUUCACUAGAGUCUUUAGAGUCCGUAAACGGUGUUUUCAAGGAAAGGGCAACGGAUGAUCCCAACGGCUUUUGUGAACAUGGAAUUCCCGAAUCGAUCUCUCCAUCCAUUCCGAGAGCGGCUUCUUCGGAAAGUUUUGUAAAGAAGCGAACAAUCUCGAUUAUUCCCUAUUUCGAUGUGUCUUACCGCGAAUUAUCCCUCCCCAAAGUGUUCGACGUACUCUCCCUUUCUCUUCCUCUCUCAUUCAUUCUAGGAAUCCUUUCCCCUUUAUUCCUCUCUCUUCCAACUCCUCUCCUCCCACCCCUCCUACCGCAUCACGUCCUUCCCUUCUCUCUCAUCAUCACUCCCAGCAUCAUCGAUCUCCCCUCCUUCCAAUUCUGGUGGCACCACACCGAUCCUCCUUCCCACGCCCGCUUUCGCUCCCUCCUCCAGAACGGCCAAGUCCAGUUCAACGCGGGCAUGUGGACUGCCGCCAACAUCGCCCUCCUCGAAGAAAACGACCUCAUUGACCUCCUCACCGCGGGGAAGCGAUGGAUCCUCUCCGUAUUCAACGUCACCGUCACCACCGGGAUCAUCAUGGGCGAUGCCUCCUAUCCCCGCGGGUUUCUAUCGAUUCUGCGGAAGGCCGGAUUGGAGCUGGUCAUAAUGUACCAUAUGUCCGUGAAUAGUCCCUAUUUCGAUAAAUCGGAUCCAUAUGGCCCCUAUUACGCCCACGGUGGGGUCAAUAAAACCACCGGCGAAUUUCUGUCGCAGACGCCGAAUCUCUACGAAUUUGGGCCCACCUCGUCGGAUUGCAUCCGCAUCAUGCAUGCCUAUCUGGAAGAGAGCCGGUUCGUGAGUCACCUCGUCAACGUGGGCUGCAUCGCCGACAACACGCAACGAGCCACGCAGCGCGGCUGGCAAGCGGAACUGCAGCGCUGGGCGGCGACGCAGCUCAGCGCCGCGCACCCGAACCACGAGCACGUCGCUCUUCUCUGGAACGUGCAGAGCCAGCGCUGCGCCUCGCUCGCCGACGCGUUCAUUGCCGCGGGAGAGCUCGUGAAACUGCCCUUGGAGGCGGUGAGAGCGCGGGCUUUAAUGAACACUGUUGAUGAGUUCGCGGGGAUUCUGGCGGGCGAUCAUGGCAGGCUCCCGCGGGUGGAGCGCUCCAUGGUCCCGGUGCUGUGGAGCAGGGCGAAGCGCCCGCUGGAGUUCGCGGUUUCCGACACGUCGAAACGCUCUUCGGCUGCCGCGAAGCCGCCAAAUGGACCGGGACCGAUGGGUCAUUAG